GUACUAUUUAAAGGAAUGAUUGUUGUGGAUGUGUUGAAGAGAUUCUGCUCAUUUACACUGACCUGCCAACAGAUGAUCAAGAGAUGGAGGCUGAACUCAAAAAUGUUCUGCUCAAGACUGGAGAUCAGCUGAAAGUCCAAGGGAAAAUUCAUGUUGAUGCUAAAAGAUUCCAAAUUGAUCUUGGAUCCAGUUCCAGUGAACUGGCCCUUCACUUCAACCCUCGUUUUCAUGACGGUGAUAUCAAUGCUCCGCUACUGGUUUGUAACUCGCUGUGUGAUGGUAUCUGGGACCAGGAGCAACGAGACAGCCUCAGUGCUUUCCAGCCAGGCUCCAAGUUUAAGGUUCUUGUGAAGCAUACAGGAAAACAGUUUGAGGUGAAGCUCCCUGAUGGACAGAUGGUGGAGUUUCCCAACCGACAGGAGGUGGAGGUCAUCAGUUAUAUUCGUGUGAAGGGUGACAUCAGUCUCACCUCUUUCAAGAUAUACUAAGAAUAAUAUUUUAAGGCUUUGCAAUAGCCAAACCAAAAAUCUGGUAAUAGUUGUCACAAAUUGAAAACUCUCUCAAGCUAGGCAGCCCCUCUGCUGGGCAAAGUAUGUAAUAACUGUUGUGUUCCUGGAUGGUUAUGGAAAGUGUUGGCAACAAACUAUUCCAUUUGAAUAUAGAAUAAAUGUUACCUGAAAGUAUUACCUAAAAGUGUAGUGUAAUUUACCUACAAGUAUGUUAAA